UUGUGCAAUAGCCUACUUGUUGGCAAUGUAAGAUCGAUUAUUUGUUUGUUGAAUGUAAGAAAAAUGUAGAAUAUGACCAGACACUUUGGGCAACAAAAUGUUUAACCUUAAACCCUACAAGCUAAUUAUAUCCAUGUACACUAAGGCUGUCAACACCGUCUAAAUAAAGAGACUUAUUUUUGUUUUCUGGCGUUUUAUCGGAUUGUGAUUGGCCGGCUCUAAGUGCAGGAUGGAUGGAUCUAAUUGGUGCAAAUCGGUGUCAGUUUAUGCACACAAAGAGGCACUUGAUAAGAAUAUCAUUACAUUCCGGUGGGGCGGUGUGUAAGGGCUGCUCCAUUCUCCGCCCGCUCGGGGUGUUCGGGUUAAGUAGGAGAGAAGCGUGACAGAGUUUCUCAGCUGUGUACCACCGCUUCUUCAACUUUAAAGACCGACUGUUCACACUUAGCAGGCGUACACAGAGGAGGAGAGCUUCAUGUCAAGGUCCACUUGAAUGGCUGUUAUGUUGACUGUGAGUUUAUGUUUUGUUAUAUGACGUUAUUUAUUAUGAAUGUGACGCACAUUUUCUAAAUUAGCUUAUAGGCCAUUUAAUACGUCAGACAGUACAUUAAAGUUAAGAGUUAGUUAAGAAAAACAACAACACAGGAUAAAAAGUAUAGAAAUAUUAUAAAGAAAAUAUCAAAGUUAGUCCCCUUAAUAAAAAAAUAGCCCCCUAUAUUAUAAAGAAGGUCUACACUUGUGUCAUCAGGCUAUAUUAAUGGACAUUUCAUUGAUUUUUCAUCAUGAACUAAAGGCUGUGUGAACUAAUGCUUUGGCAGAAAUGGACAAAUCACUCAAUCAAUCAAUCAGACUCUAUUUGCAUAGCACUUUUCAUAAAAAGUAAGUGCUUCACACUUCAACAGGUCUACAUAAUUGCACACACUUCCACAUCAAUGUUACCUGAUUUAUAUUGUUUGAUGUACUGUUGUAGUCUUGUGUGUGUCUUGUAAGGUGCUUUGAGAGAUUUUAAAUAAAAUGCAUUAUUAUUAUUAUUAUUAUUAUAUAUUCAUCCAACAUAUAUUCAGUUUAUAGAAAUUAUACUGUUACAUUCAACUUAUCAGACUUCCUCCAGUAAAACAAAAUGUGCCUCAAACAGACCCCAGACUCAGACCUCAAAUCUCAUCUUUGAGCCUUAAUUGCUAAAAUACUAUAUUUUGGGAGCUUUUUUUAUUUUUUAUUUUUAAUCAUUAUUAUACUUCCAUCAUUUAACAAACCUGGAUGUGAUAUUGCGGAAAGAUAUAAACAGCUUUGUCUUCUGGACCGGCUGAGACAGAUGGGGGUGAGGAUGCUUCACAGGGACCUGCUGCCGACUGUAUGGCUGUGUUGUCUGUUGGCUGUUCAGGUGCACAGCUGUCCAGAUGCCUGCAGAAAGUGUUUAGGCCCAGAAAAUGACAAGUGUGUGGAAUGCAGAGCAGGAUGGACGCUUCAUUAUAACAUCUGUGUAGACAUUGAUGAGUGCGGCACUGAGCUGGCUAACUGUCCUCCCAGCACUUACUGCUUUAAUACAGAGGGCUCCUUCGAGUGCAGAGACUGUGACCCAGCCUGUUUGGGCUGUAUGGGUAAUGGUCCGGCACGCUGCAGAAAGUGUACCCCUGGGUACAGACUGACAGGGUCCAAGUGCUUGGAUGUAGAUGAAUGCAGUGACAGGGUACUCGCCUGUCAUGGUCUGAAUGAGAUUUGUACCAACACUGAAGGCUCUUUCCGCUGCAACUGUGCUGAAGGAUUUAUCCGCAAGAAGAGUGUUUGUGUAAAGAAGCAGCUGCCUAGUGUCCAGGAAAAAGGUCUGUUUGAGGAUAUCCAGGAUGAAGAGGUAGAGGUUCUGCAGCAGAUGUUCUUUGGCGUGGUGCUUUGUGCUCUGGCCACAAUGGCUGCUAAAGGAGAUAUGGUCUACACAUCUCUGUUCAUGGGUGCAGUGGCAGCCAUGGCGGGGUACUGGCUCUCUGACAGAGGAGACCGUUUGUUAGACAGCUUCCUAAAGGGACGUUAAAGCUCAGCACUGUCUGUGGAAGCACUAAAAAGAGGAUUUCACUCUAAAAACUUUGAAGCUUCGGAAGAUAGACACUUUAUCUGGCAAACUCAGACUGCUAAAGCCUCAUAUUAACUGCAGCUCAACUUUUGAAUGCAAUUUUAUAUUUGAACAAGGACUGAGGAUUUUGUCCCCGUCGCUUUAAGAAGGGGAUCUCUUUGCAGGUGGUAUGCAGAGGAAGAACUAUUACAGCAGCUAAAGACAAUCAGACUAAAAUGUUAACCUGUCCUUCCACAGACUUCCACACUUCCAAUAAAGAGUGACACAGCCAUCUUCCCUGCAGCAGAUGAGCUGGAAAUGAAUCAUGAAUGUAUUAAACUUUUUUGUAUGUUAACUUUUGAAGUAGCUCCCUUGUUGUGGCAACUUGGACAUUUGCCAGGUGUAGCUUUAAUAAAAAGGAAUUUACACCAUAAAUGUA